AAAUUAUUGAAAAUUUUUCCACAUAAAUAUCAAAAAUGUGGAAAAAGACAAUGAUACUCGCAAAUACGAUUAUAGACUUAACUUCAAAAAUCGCAAGAAAAAAAAGAUAUUUACCAGCGUCGUUUGUAACUUGUGAUCCAAACAGAUAUGCCCAUUCCGACAUCCCACUUCCAGACUUUAAAGAUAUAUUAAAGAAAGAUAAAAAACCGCUCGAUACAAAUGAAAAUAAAAAAUGUUUAACUUACGGCGUAUCUUUUAUUGCCGGAGUAACUUGUAUGUACGCUUUAAAGUCUCAUGUAUUGCAUUAUUUAAUGUUUUUGGCACCGUCUCGAGAUGUUCUAGCUACUGCUCAAUCAGAAGCCACAUUAACUAAUAUACCAGAAGGGAAAGUUGCGAUUGUUAAGUGGCGAGGAAAACCAGUUUUUCUUUAUCAUAGAGCACAAAAUGUUAUCGAUCAAGAAAGAGAAGUUGAUGUAUCAAUUUUGAGAGAUCCUGAAACGGAUGAAGAAAGAGUGAAAAAACCUGAAUGGUUAAUUGUCAUAGGAGUUUGCACUCAUUUAGGAUGCAUACCUAUUCCUAAUUCUGGUAUGAUUCCAGGAGGUUUCUUUUGUCCUUGUCAUGGAUCUCAUUAUGAUGGGGCCGGUCGUGUACGAAAAGGACCAGCACCUCUUAAUCUUCCUGUUCCUAAAUACGAAUUUAUUAGCGAUGAAAAAAUAAUUAUCGGUUAAUCGGCUGUAUCAGCUUUUUAUUUAUGUCGAAUAACUCGUAUUUAAGAAAUUAACUAUAAGUUUUGACAGUAUCUGUAUCGACUUUAUGAUAAAAAUAAAAAACAGAUAUCUAGUUUUAUACUUA